AUGGAGACGGCUAUUGCUCAGCCGUGGUCUAAAAUAUGGAACUUGCAUGUGCCACCAAAGGUCAAGUGUUUUUGUUGGCAGUUAGCAUCUGCUUUUCUGCCAACGCGGGAUGCUUUAGCUGCUAAACGGGUUGCCUAUGCUCUUGACUGUCAUAUGUGCAGGGUGGAAGCUGAGUCUGCGAUCCAUCUCUUUGCUUAUUGCGUUGAGGCUCGUAGAAUUUGGAACAAUUUGGGUUUGCUGCAGCUUUCAGCUUACACUGAUGUUGACUCUUUACCAAAGUUUGUGUUGGCUUGCUGGGGUAUUUGGACUUCUAGGCAUGAUAAUGUAUGGAGGGAAUGUGCAUUUGAUUCUCCUUUGAUGGUGCAGAGGGCUUUGAGUUUUCUGGAUAGUUGGAGGAUGGCGAAUGACACUCUUACUGUGCCGGUGGUUGGGGAGGGUACGGGGCGGUGGAUGAGGCCUCAAGCUGGGAGUGGUGUAAAGGAAUUAGCAUCUCAGAUAGGCGAUGUUAAUUUCCGUUUUGUUAAGCGAUCUGCGAAUUGUGCUGCCCACACUGUUGCUAGAGAAGCCUUUUCAGUGUCAGGUUGCGGGGAGUGGUUUGACACCCUACCAUCUUUUCUUGUUUCCGUUCUUGAUUCUGAUUUAAUGAACUAA